AUGGUUCAAGAUGGUGAGCUUUUGUUUCAAUCGAUAAGAAUAAGUUUCUCGGAUCGAAUUCGUGGUAAUUUCGUGAGGCUUCCUAGUGCAAUUGUUCAAGUGCUGGAGAACACAUCGAUUCCCGUUCAUGAAUACGGUAUCGCUAUUCAAAGGGAGGAGAGUGAAAUCUAUGUUGGGUGGGACGGUUUCGAAUCUUCCCAGGCUCUCAAUGGACAAGGCUGCGUAGAAAUCAAUCCCAUUUUGGCCGCAGCUUAUAACGUAAGGGAAGGGAAUGCUGUAGACUUGAAAAUCAGACACUUUGAUGGAUCGCUUAUAGCUACAGAAGUGUAUAUAGAACCACAGUCGAGCGAUGAUUGGGAGAUUAUUGAUGGAAAUGCGAGGUUUCUUCAAAAUGAGAUGCUCUUUCAAACGAGAAUAGUGGUCCAAGACGAACUACUGAUCUGCUACGUCGAGCAAACGGUGGCUAAGUUCAAAAUCCAAAAGAUCAUUCCGCAAUUCCAAGGCGCAGCCAGGAUCACUACAGAUACACUUGUUAUGGUAGCCCCCAUGUUGAAUAGGUCGAGACUCGUCAAUGGAACACCGAAGAGGCAUGAAGAAGCCUUCUCCGUUCACAAAGCAAGAUUAUUACGAACUACUGGUCACACAGAGAGGCUCGAGGGCUUUACAAUGGGUGUUUCAGACGCGAUAUCUUCCUUGGCAUUGGUCUCUAUUCUGAAAAACCCGAUAGAAAACAAAGUCGCGGAUAACCAUUCAGCUGAUGCAUCACUCACUAGCUGUGCUGAAAGAAUUGCAGUUGCAGUUGUUAGUGACGACACCGUAUCAAGUACCCAUGCUGCUUUGUCGAGUCUUACUUGGGCUUCCUUGGGUGUCAGCCCGGAAAGUGGCCAUAAGCUAAAAGUUGAGUACGUUGACGGUCAAGCUAGUGAUGAAGCUCCAACUGUCUUCAUCUAUCCAGUCGACCAAUCAAAGAACGAGACGAAGCUGGCUUUGAACGGCCGGAGAGCAAGCUUACAGGACUCUGUGAUGCAAAGUUUAAACAUGUUGAUGAUUGGGACAGUGCUCACAGAUAGAUUAUAUCUCCCCCAAGCUCAAGCGUAUAUUGAAUUGGUGUCACAAAAUGGGGAACACGUACAGUUUUAUGAUUGGAGAAAUAACGAUAUUGAAUACAGGCCAAUGGAUACUUCGGUCAAAUUGUCAAGGAAAGCGUUUACUAAACCCGCGGAAGACAUUGUCCACCCUGUUGGUAUGAAAGAAAUGAUAGAUAAAAUCAUACAUUAUUUGACGCUUCCCUUUACAUCUUCAUCCAUUUCGCUUAUCACCGGGUCCAGUGGCAUGGGGAAGACAAUACUAGUCAAAGAAAUCAAAGCCCAAAUAGAGCAAAGUACAUCGGUUAAUGUGAAAUAUAUUGACUGCGAAAAAUUCAUGGAAAAUUCCAACUUCACGAAGAUGAAACAAACUUUGCAGCAAUUGAUAGCUUCAAGCUAUUGGUAUGGACCAUCGCUAUUGAUUCUGGACAAUGCAGAAAUUUUGUUUCCACAAAAUAAAAGUGAAGAUGAAAGUCAAUCCCGCAGCAGUGUCGCGGAUGUGUCAACUAAAUUGUGUCAAGUGUUAAUACAGUACCUUAGUCGGCUGUCUGCCAAAAGCUCGGAUCGCGUUCGCCUUCUGUUGACUGCCGAAACACGCGAUAAGAUGAAUCAGGUACUUUUUAGCAAGCAUGCAAUUGGAAAUUAUUGGCAAUUGCAAGCUCCCCAAAGAGAUCAGCGCUGUGAUCUUAUUGCUCAUUUUCUGAGGCAGAGGUCAUUAGUACUUUCAGGAGAGCUGGACGACUCUACGAUAGCGAUUGAGACUGAGGGACACUCUCCACAAGAUCUUCUCCUGCUGACUGAAAAACUGUUAUGUGAAAACUUAUGUGAUCAAGACAAUCUAUCCGCUCCGCUCACGAGAGAAACAUUUGAACGUGCCGUUGCCGAUUUUACACCUUCCUCUCUGCGAGGAAUCAAGUUACAAAAAGACACAGGCGUCAGGUGGUCCAGUGUGGGUGCUAUGCACAAGGCAAAAGAAUUACUGUUAGAGACUCUAGAGUGGCCGACCAAAUACGCACCGAUUUUCGCCAAGUGCCCUUUACGAUUGCGUUCAGGCAUUUUACUGUAUGGAUAUCCCGGAUGUGGGAAGACAAUGCUUGCGAGUGCAGUAGCGCAGCAUUGUGGGUUGAACUUUAUCUCUAUAAAGGGUCCUGAGAUCUUAAACAAGUAUAUUGGCGCAAGCGAGCAGAGUGUUCGGGAAUGUUUUGAACGGGCACAGGCAGCCAGGCCUUGCAUACUAUUUUUUGAUGAAUUCGACUCAGUCGCCCCAAAGAGAGGACACGAUUCCAUCGGUGUUACGGACCGAGUGGUAAAUCAAAUGUUGACGCAGAUGGAUGGUGCCGAGGGCCUUGAGGGCGUUUACGUUCUAGCGGCAACCAGCAGGCCUGAUCUAAUUGACUCGGCACUUUUGAGACCUGGCAGACUCGACAAGAGUGUCCUGUGCGGCUUGCCUACCACGCCCGAUAGAUUAGAAAUUCUGAAAGCCGUUGUUACGAGCGGCAACAUGUCUCUGGAUUCAGACUGUAAUCUCGAAGAAUUGGCAGAGACCACGGAAGGCAUGUCAGGAGCAGAUUUACAGGGUUUGUGUUACAAUGCUUAUUUGAAGAGCGUACACAGGAAAAUGGCCUCCGGAGCUGUUGAUAUGGACCCAAAAGAAACUAAAGGCGACCCGGUUGAUUUCGAGUAUUUUCACGCCAUGCCGCCGAACUCUUCGACAGCGUCUCAAAAAUUUCUCGCUCGUGUCAAAGAACGCUACGCCUCCAAAGAUGAUCUAGUCGCGUCAAAAGAAAUCGAAGUGGUACCGCCCAUUAUCACACGCGGUGAUUUUCAAAAGGCUUGCCACGAUACAAAGCCUUCAAUUUCGCCCGGCGAAUUCCAAAAAUUGACGCAAAUUUAUAGACUAUUCUCCAGCGAUCGGGACGCUAAUAUGCCUUCAGGAGAAGCCUCCAACCAAGUUGGUGGUCGACUGACCCUAAUGUAG